CCCGCGCUCGGCCCCGCGGAGGAGCGGCCAUGCCGCCGCGGCGCAGCAUCGUGGAGGUGAAGGUGCUGGACGUGCAGAAGCGGCGGGUGCCCAACAAGCAUUAUGUCUACAUCAUCCGAGUCACGUGGUCCAGCGGCGCCACCGAGGCCAUUUACCGGCGCUACAGCAAGUUCUUUGACCUCCAGAUGCAGAUGUUGGACAAAUUUCCCAUGGAGGGAGGACAGAAGGACCCCAAACAGCGGAUCAUUCCCUUUCUGCCAGGCAAAAUUCUCUUCCGAAGAAGUCAUAUUCGGGAUGUGGCUGUCAAACGACUGAUACCAAUUGAUGAAUACUGUAAGGCCCUGAUCCAGCUGCCGCCCUAUAUCUCUCAGUGUGAUGAGGUGCUGCAGUUCUUUGAGACCAGACCUGAGGACCUGAAUCCCCCCAAAGAGGACCAUGUUGGGAAAAAGAAAUCUGGAGGUGACUUGACCUCAGUGGACCCCAUGGUCCUGGAGCAGUAUGUGGUGGUGGCAGACUACCAGAAGCAAGAGAGCUCGGAGAUUAGCCUCAGUGUGGGGCAAGUAGUGGACAUCAUCGAGAAGAACGAGUCAGGUUGGUGGUUCGUUAGCACCGCCGAAGAGCAAGGCUGGGUCCCUGCCACCUGCCUAGAAGGGCAGGAUGGUGUGCAAGAUGAGUUUUCCCUACAGCCUGAAGAAGAGGAGAAGUACACAGUAAUCUACCCUUAUACGGCUCGUGACCAGGAUGAAAUCAACCUGGAGAGAGGGGCCAUGGUGGAGGUCAUCCAGAAAAACCUGGAAGGCUGGUGGAAAAUCAGAUACCAGGGCAAAGAGGGCUGGGCCCCAGCCUCCUACUUAAAGAAGAGCAGUGGGGAGCCCUUACCCCCCAAGCUGGGCCCUGGCUCACCCACCCACUCAGGCGUCCUUGACCUGGAUGGAGUUUCCCGCCAGCAGAACUCGGUGGGCAGGGAGAAGGAGCUGCUGAACAACCAGCGGGACAGCCGUUUUGAAGGCCGCCCACUGCCCGAUGGUGACAUCAAGCAGAGAUCACCCAAGAUGAGACAGAGACCCCCGCCUCGCCGCGAUAUGACAAUACCUCGAGGUCUCAACCUGCCCAAGCCACCCAUCCCACCCCAAGUGGAGGAGGAAUAUUACACCAUUGCUGAGUUCCAGACCACCAUCCCUGAUGGCAUCAGCUUCCAGGCCGGCCUAAAGGUUGAGGUAAUCGAGAAGAACUUGAGUGGCUGGUGGUACAUUCAGAUUGAAGAUAAGGAAGGAUGGGCCCCAGCAACUUUCAUUGACAAAUAUAAGAAGACCAGCAAUGCCUCAAGACCCAACUUUCUGGCUCCGUUGCCCAAUGAGGUGACCCAGCUCCGGCUGGGGGAUGCAGCAGCAAUAGACAACACAGGCAGUGAAGCCAUGGGCCCCUCCCGGCCCCUGCCUGAUGCUCCCCAUGGUGCUGUGGACCCUGGGAUAUCAUGGUCCAAAGACUGGAAGGGUGGGAAGGAGAGCCUAAGGAAGGUGUCUUUGGACAUGUCCUCGUGUGCAGGGUAUGAGGAGAUCUCAGACCCGGACCUGGAGGAGAAACCCAGCCUCCCUCCCCGGAAAGAAUCCAUCAUCAAGUCAGAGGGGGAGCUGCAGGAGCGGGAACGGCAGAGGAUGGAGCAGCUCAGGGGCUCUUCGCCUAAGCCUCCUGGCAUGAUUUUGCCAAUGAUUCCAGCUAAACACAUCCCCCUCUCACGGGACAGCAGGAGACCAGAGCCCAAACCUGAUAAAAGCAAGUUGUUCCAGCUAAAAAAUGAGAUGGGGCUGGAGUGUGGCCACAAAGUAUUGGUCAAAGAAGUGAAGAAGCCCAACCUCCGGCCUAUCUCCAAAUGCAAAGCUGACCCCCCAGAGGAGAAGCCAGAAGCCAUUACACAGAAUCCCUUCUUGAAAUCCAAACCUCAGGUUAGGCCCAAGCCAGCUCCUUCCCCCAGGACAGAGCCACCUCAGGGUGAAGACCAAGUGGACAUCUGUAACCUCAGGAGCAAGCUCAGGCCUGCCAGGUCCCAAGAGAAACCCUUCUUGGAUGGGGAGAGCAGCCACCAGGCUGUUGGGGGCCAAGAUGUGGCCUUCGGCCGCAACCUCCUCCUUGCAGAGGGACCUGGCCGUGCCCAGGACCGGACAGGCAAGCAGGAUGGGCUUGGCUCAAGGGAGGUGGCCUGCAGAGCCCCACCCAGGCCAGCCAAGACUGCAGACCUCGUGCCUAAGAAUGCUCCCAGUCCUCUCCAAGAGGCUCUCCAGCAGCGGCCUGUGGUCCCACCCCGGAGGCCACCACCCCCCAAGAAAACCUCAUCAUCCAGGCCGCUUCCAGACGUCAGAGGGCCCCUCCCAGAUGUCAGAGGGCCCCUCCCAGAUGUCAGAGGGCCUCAGCGUGAGGCCCAUGAAGGCAAGGCAGCUCCUGCCCCAGGCCGGGCACUGCUCAUCCCUCCAAAAGCCAAACCUUUUCUCUCCAACUCUUCUGGGGGCCAAGAUGACAUGCGAGGCAGAGGUGGGCCAGGGCCACGUGGGACAAGCAAGAUGGGGGAAAACCGGGAAAAAGUGAUGACCGCGGCCCCUUUCCCCCAGAUCGAUGGCCCAAAGGACUCUUUGUAUGUGGCAGUGGCCAACUUUGAAGGAGAUGAAGAUACCAGUAGCUUCCAGGAGGGGACAGUGUUUGAGGUCCGGGAAAAGAACAGCAGCGGCUGGUGGUUCUGCCAGGUCCUGAGCGGGGCACCCUCCUGGGAAGGGUGGAUUCCUUCCAACUAUCUCAGAAAGAAGCCGUAGCCUCCUCCCUCCUGCCUGGAGGUCCCACUCGCCCCUGCUGGCUUUACCCCUAUAUUUAAUAUGCCUCUUAAUUUAUCAUUCUCCACACAGCUCCAAAGGAAGGAAGACUCUGGAGCACUGUGGUUUCUUCCCUCCUGGGGGUGGAGAGUGAUCCCCCAUCACAUCAUCCUCUGGAGGCUCAGAGGCCACACCCUUGUCUCUCUCCACAUCAGCAUCGCUGCCUUAAGGCCGAUGGCAUUGCCACCAGUGUCCCUGCCCUCCUAGCAGUGGGACCCUGAUGCUCCAGAUUCUCUAGGACAGGAGCCACCAUCUGGGCAAACUACAGGAGAGGUCUCUGAUUGUUUGGACCAGGCAUAAGAGGAGCAACUCUCCUUGCUACCCGACCCAGUCCACGAUGGCCUGCUCCACUUGCCCAUGUCUCUUAGAGCUCAGUGACUUUAUUCACUCAGUAUCCAAAAUGCCUGGUACUAGAGAGAACAUCCUGUAGAAGCCGGCUCCCUUGCCAAUCCAGGGAGGUGUCCUCUUUCUGAGGCCUCAGGUUCACAGGCCUCUCAGGGUCGACCAGAUGCAGCUGCCCCGGGAGUUGGGCAUGGAGGGCCACUGGGCCAUCGGCCUCCCAGCUGGUGUCUUGGGACCCUGAUCGGUCCUACAAGCUUGAGUCACUUUCCUCUGCAGGCUCCUGUCCAUCCAGGACUUUGAAAUAAGAACCCAUGCCCCUUCUUGGGGUAUUUCACUUUUGUCUACCUAGAGCAAGAAUCUUGAAGUUGGCUUAAAUAAGGGGGCCUCGCACAGCCUACUCUUGCCUUGUGAGAUUCCCCUUGCUGAGUAGCUAGUAGGUGCCAAUUGCUGUCCUUGGCCUUUACACAACCCUUUCGUAAUAUACCCAUUUUAUUGAUGCAGAAACUUGGGGUCAGUGUGCCCAGGGCAUGCUAGCUAAGAAGAGGAGGAAAGAGGUUUUGACAUCAAUGCUUGUGCCCUUCCUCCUGGAAGAGGCGAACCAGGGAGAGAAAACUGAGAAGCUGGGUAUGAGAGCAGGUGGCUACGUGGCUUCCUUGUGAUUCAGGUGAGUGGCAUUUGUGGCUACUCCCACAACCACCACCUCUCCCACCCGCUGCUGCAUAGACAGAAAGCUGCCCUGGACCCUGGUGGUUGGUGCAGAGCCCUAUUCCCUACUCCUGAGCUGGUGCUCCCCCUAGGGGGUGGUUCACAGAGCAAAAAGAGACAAGAUGGCCUCACGUGCCAGCCUCAAGGGGCUCUGGUGGCUCAAGCAGCUGCGUCUCCAAGCUGGGCACAGCAAUCCGUAGCCCCAAAAGGAGGUAGGGACCCAGGGCCAGACACAAACCUGUCCCUCUGCACAGCGGCAUCCUGCUCCAUGGCACCUGUAGAGUAGCUUUCUUUUCUUUUUUUUUUUUUCCUCAUGUACUCUCCCUCUCUGUUAUGCCACUAGGAGGAAGCCAGGGUAGCCCUUCCACCCAUUUUGCAGAUGUGGUUUGCUGAGGUAUGCAGGCUGCUUUUGCUUUGGGAACCCACCAGGUGCCCCUUGUCGCCCAACUUGCCGAGGCCCUUUGCAGGAGCCUUGGAGGGAGAAGACAGCCAGGCUGGGGGAGAGCCCUCUAACACACUUCUCUGAGUUUUUAAUCCACUUUGGUUUAAAUAGACUUUGUGAAGCUAUGCCACAGGAAUUGCUAUAUUUCAAAACGUAAAAUUCUUACUUUUUUUCUGAUUCCUUUCUGCAUUCGUUGACCUUUUCAUUGUGAGCACCUACUAGGUGCUAGGUGCUAGGUAGUCCAAGGUGCAUGGGACUCCAUGCCUGGCUGUGGAGAACUGUGAGUUUUAUUUGCUGAUUCCACUGAAUGGGCUUGUCUCUGGCCUCAUUCCCUCUUCCUGGGCAAUGACUGAGUGGGAAUGAACUGUUUCCACCUCUCUCUGGACAGAAAGUUUUCCUGCAAAGGAAAGAACUGCCUUUUUAGUAGUAGUAGCAGUAGUAGUAGCAGCAGUAGCAGCAGCAGCAGCAGCAGCAGCAGCAGUAGUAGUAGUAGUAGUCCUUGUCAUAUUCUGAUGUGAACUGAAGGUACUGAGGCCACAUCCCUCCCUGUUCACUGUCUUUCCUCAGGGCACUCUGGCUUUGAGGACACCUCUCCAGCUCCUACCACAGUGGUGGGCACAUCCCUGGGCAGCUGGAAGGUCUUGAUGGCCAGUGGCCCUCCCCAGCCGUCUUUGCCUGGGCACUCAGGUUCACGGCAUCUGGGACCGUGGCCACUAUUCUGUGAGAAUCUGACAGAACAUAUUGCAAAACCCUUGGAGUUUCAGCCAUGGGAAAUGUCCCAGGCCAAUGUUAGAACUCCCUGCCAGGCUCCAGGAAGGUCAGCGGUGCCUGGAUACACCCCCUCCUUUAUAUAUCUGUAUCCUCACAAUGCUGUGAGGUGCAGAGGACCAGCCCCGAUCUGUGGUGAGAAAAUUGAGGGGGGAUGAAGUUACAUGCCCCCUUUGUCUAAAUAGUGACUGAGCUGAGAUUGGAAUCAGGUUUUUUCUCCCCAAUACCCUUGACUUUGCCUCUGCCAUCAGCAGUGAGAUGACCAUGCAGCUUCCAAGGAGGCAGCUAACCUCUCUGAAUUUAGGUUUCAGCUCCCCUCCCCCUCCACCCCAGGAUCGUGCAUGUCGGUGGGUCAUAGGCCACAUGCCAACCCUAAAGGCAGGCAAAGGUAGAAUUUUUUUUCCCCCUUUCCUCAGCCCUGCUUCCUUGUGAUGACUCUAAUAUCCUGGGACAAAACUACAGCAUGUGCCAUUGUGUCAUUGGAAAAUCCAAGUUUUAGGAGCACCACUUGAUAAAAAAAAAAAAAAAAAAAAAAAGGCCUUUGCUCAGAUUGUUCAAUUCAGUAUCUCCUUGCCAUUUGGGUCUAUGUCCUUGUCCCAGGCUGAGACUUGUGGAGAGCUGGGCACUAGCUCCAGCCAUUUUUAAAGUCCUGACCCACUGAAAGUUGCUGAAACCACAACAGACUUCCAGAGCCCCUCGGUGUCAUCCAUCUCUUUGGCAGUUUUGGCCUUAAAUCACUUUUGAACCCACUGGGGAUUUCUUUGGGUUUAACAUAGCAACACAAACCUGCCGCCUUGGAGAGCAGGUGCUGAAUCUCCCCAAGUCUUGGCAGGACAAUAGAAUGAGGUGUGGACAGUCAAAUAUUUAUUGAGCCUGCAGCAAGUACCCAGCACUGAGUGGGGGAAAGAAGAAAUUGCUCCCGCCCUCAAAAUAAUUGCCAGCAGACAUGGUUGAGAACAAGAACAUAAUUGGCAUGUCCUCUCUCCUUUCGUUGUGGCCUCGCCUCUUAAGUGAUGGAUCAGGCUGCCUCUGGAAGGUCUUGCUCCUUGCUUGGCUAUCCAGGCACAUCCUUCAGCGCUUUCACUGCAAACAGCCAUACCAGACCAUAGACCAAAGAUUACCUAAUGUCAAAGCGUGUGGCCUGUUUGAAUGGGAAAUUGACUGCAUUGACACCUGAGAGUGUGGGAUGCCCUCCCUCACCAUGUAGGCUUGCUCCUAACUCGGCUGAGGUUCUAAUGUCUAGACAGACCAUAGCCCUGAGGGUCCCCAGCAGAGUGGUGGAACCACGGGGUUCAAACCAGGAGGUGCCAUAGUCUUCACCUUCUGAGGACCCCACAGAUUUGACGUCCAGCUCCAUGAGGUAAUGACUGGUUUCUGGGGCUACCCUGCCAAGUUGUGGAGCCUCUCAUCUUACUAAGCAUUCCACGUUCCUCUCCAUUUUAUUAUCUAUCCCAUAGCUCCAGUCAGGACAAGGGGUCCAACCUCUGUUGUCCUUGAAGAGGCCAAACCCAGUGUCACAGCCAGUAGCCUUCACAUUGAGGUCUAUAAACGGACGGAAGGCACUGCCCCAGCAGGCUUGUUACAGCAAUAAGCAAUCCUAACACAGCUAAGGUGUCCACAGUGUAUCCCAGUGUCCUCCUGUCAAUGCCUUGGUGCCAUGUAAUUGAUGGCUGUGCCCCUUUCCCUCUUACAGGGGUGAUGAUAAACUAUGGCCACCUUAGCUACAACUCAUUCCCUGCUUCAGGGAGCCACCAAGUUAACUAGUCCAUUUGCAUCCCUCCAGGAACAGUGGACACUGACAGCAUUGCCCCACCUCAUUUCUGCUGUUGGAUGACCUACAUGUCCCUGGAUUUCUCAUCACUGUUCAUACCCUCAUGGCAAACUGACACAUUCUGGUGGUGGUGUUUGUUUCCUUUUAAUAUGAAAAAAUACAUGAGGAUAUAUAAUGUGAGGGGGGGUGAUGGACAAUUAGCUGUAGCACGUAUCGACUAUAUACCGUUAGAAUUUUUCUUUUUUUUUUUUUAAUAAAAAAUGCUUGACUGGUUUCAAGCUUCAUGGUGAAAUGCAGUCUUGUUGAAUCUUAUUUGACUGAAGAAAGGGUGCGUAGCUUUGUGCCUCUUGAGAGGGAGAUUGGGGAUCAAAGAACAGGAAAGCCUGUGUGAGCUAUGUUUGGGAAUUACCCAGAAAUAGGGGUGACUCCACUACCAGGGCCUCACGUAGCUUGUUUCUU